AUGGGUAUAAACAAGGUAAAGGUUGAAACGAGGGACAUUAUUAUACAUGUCUCCGGAGCUUUUACGAGAUGGAAUUUUGAGAUGUUUACACGUAGAAGACCUAGGAGUGAGCUUGGGUUAUAUGACAUACAAAAAUUGAAGGAAGUCAGUUCUAACAGCGAGAUAAAUCAAGAGAUAUCCAUUUGGCUAAGUGUUGAUGCAAUGGAUUUUCUAGAGAAAUGCUUAGAGAACGAUCUUAAAAACAGUGUUGAGGUUCACAAAGAAGAAACUUAUGAAACUAUGAAAAAGAAAGACAAAGAUAUCAAUGAAAAUCUCCCAGAAGUCACAACAAAUGCUAGAAAGGAUGCAACUUAUUGUUUUUAA